CCAGUGUGUUUUUAUCGACGUCUUUUUGUUGAGUGCAACGUUUUUCUUCAAUUUUCUUCGUUUUUUAUGAAUUAAAUGGAUUUUCUUCUGGCUGAGAUCGAUCGUAAGAAGAAACAACUAGACCAAAAUGAAGUCACUUCGAAUAAAAAAUAUUUUAAAAGAGGAGAACUGGCUGCCAAACAAGCUGAAGAGUACAAGAGAAAGCAAGAGCUGAAACGAAAAGAAAAAGAGGAAAGAUAUGAAAAGAAUACUGAAGAGGAAGGGGCAUUUUUACCAAACAAGAAAAGAAAAGGUGAAGAUCAAGAAGGCAAGAAGCAAGUACUUAUGCCACGAGAAGAGGUCAUAAAAAGAUUAAGAGAGAGGGGUGAACCAAUUAGACUGUUUGGAGAGACUGAUGAAGAAGCUUACCAAAGACAAAGGCGAAUUGAAAUGAUGGCUCCAGAAAUCAACAAGGGUUUCAGAAAUGAUCUCAGAGCGGCUAUGGAGAAAAUUGACCAGGAAUAUUUAGCAGAUCUCAUAAAACAGGGUGAUGGUAUAACACAUGACAAGGAUGAAGAGGAUCAAGUUCUUCUACACAAGAAAAUCAAGAAAGUAACAUUUGAUGAAAUCCAGGAAUUAGCUCAAGGAAUGGGAAAAGGAGAUGCAAAGCUAGACCAAGAGGUCAUCUUGAAAUUUGUUGAGUUUUUGUUGGAUCAGUGGGAACAAGAAUUAAACAAUAAGCCUGAAGAAAUAAAGAGAACAUUAGAGGGCAAAUUAGCAAGUGCAACUCAACGGCAGACCCAGUCAUAUCUUCAUCCUCUCAUAAGAAAAUUAAGAACCAAGAACACACCAGCUGACAUCAGAGAAGCCUUGACCAACAUUACAAGAAAUCUUAUAGACAGAGAAUAUGUUAAGGCUAAUGACGCAUACCUUCAAAUGGCUAUCGGCAAUGCACCUUGGCCCAUAGGAGUUACCAUGGUAGGAAUCCAUGCACGUACGGGAAGAGAAAAGAUCUUUGCACAAAAUGUUGCUCAUGUCCUAAAUGAUGAAACCCAAAGGAAAUAUAUUCAAGGUCUCAAAAGGCUUAUGACAUUUUGUCAAAAGAAAUUCCCAGCAGACCCUUCCAAAUCAGUUGAAUAUAAUGGUGUAUCUUGAGAGCCAAGCUGGGACUACUCCAUGCAUAUUGUGUAGAACUGAAAAAAGAAAUAUACUACGAGGAAUUCUUAACUUAUUCUGCUGAGUGCCAUGCUAGCGAGAAGAAGCACAGCUAUAGAACGUGUAGGUGAUCUCCUUCCGACAGGCCAAUGAAAACCAGCCAAUUAUCCCAUAUAAAAUUAAGAUUAUUAUACUGAAAAAAUAUGGUGGCCCCAGUUGGAGAAAAGACCUCUGAAUUAUAUAUAUCAUAUAUACCUAUAUAUGUAAGUGAAUACCUAUGCAUGUCAGCAACUGCCCAUGCAUAUAAGCAAUGAAAUAAGUGAUGAAAUUAGCGUAAAACAAUACCUCUUCGUUUGCAUAGAAACAACUGAAAGUAGGACUGAUCUUUUCAGGCAUUACCCGAGAUCACCUGGUAUUUUAAUUGUCAUUUGCUAUAGAGUAUGGCAUUCUGGGGAGUAGUGACAUACCCCAACAGUGUAUUGCCUGGGUGUGAACUGUACAUCUUAAUGAUUUUCAUCAACUUGUAAAUACCUCUGUAAAUAAGCUUUCUUUUCAUGCAUUCUAACUCUUUACCUUAGGCAUAAUGAUUUCCCAUUUCAAACUACGUCAUUAGCCUCCCUGUAGUAUAAUCUCUUUUUAAUGGUCGUGCAUGAUAUGCAUGACUCAAACUAAAAAAGAAAUUAUCUUGAAAUGUGUAGUUCCAAAAAUUAUCCAUACCCUCCCCCCAUGGAGGAAUUUUUUUAAGACACCCCCCCUACCCCCGGAAAUUCCAAUUUUCUUCCACACAAACUCUGUGAUUUUUGUUCUUUCUCUGACCCCCCACCCUUUUGGAAAUUCCAAAUUCCUCUGUGGUGUGGGUAUGGAUGAUUUCUGGAACUACACAAUGGGAAAACAUUACACCCAAGAGGGCUAUUAUUAAUAGACAGUAAUACUUGUCUAUACUCAUGAAGCACAAUGAAAAAGUCCAGUUUAAAUAAAUAAAAACGCUUUAAACCAUUAAAA